UCCGGCUACUGUGUGGAGCGUGUUUACACUCGAAGGAGCCCAUCUCGUGAAUAUUUAUGAGCUUGAUUAUCACCCAACAUGGCGACGACCAUGGUUGUGGUGUUAGUUGUAAACCUCAUUUUAGAACAAUGUUUGUUAACAAGUGGAUCGACACAUUGGAUUGUUACAGAAAAUGGCAGAGUACAGAGUCAGCCAGACACUGUGUUCAACAUGCAGCGACCUUACGACCUUGUCGCAUUUAUGAAACAGGAAGAUAGGGCUGUGAUGCUUAACAAUUUGAAAAAGGAACUGUUAAACAGGAAAGAUGAAAUUGAUAAGAACGAAGACCGUGAUACAGGUUUGGAACAGAGGUUUUACAAGACAGACUUGGACUGUAUAGAGGCUGGCAAACCACUGCCGGAAUUUGACUUGUAUAUCAGCACAGUGUUGCCACUGGAGAACAAACGAAUAAGGCCAGAAGAACACAUUGAUAUGAAUGCUCCUCCAACGGACCCUCAUGUUCAGCCAGACUGUAUGUUGGUGACAGACCUUGAUUUCAGCAUGCACACUUUUGAACAUCUCGAGGGCCUAAAGGAUCGUAGCAAUCUGUCUGGAACGCCAGAGCUUGGUCUGAAGAACGCCAUUACUCACAGAGAGAAUGUUGAUGAUUACGGUUAUCUGGUUUACGAAGCAUUGCAGAAGAACAAGACGUCGUGGGUGUUGUACAAUAUGGCUGCCUUCUACUGGCGAAUCAAGGGCGAACCGUAUCAGGCUAUUGAAUGUGUACGAAGGGCUUUGCACUACUCACCAAGGUACCAGAAGGAUGUUGCGCUUAUCAGUCUUGCCAACAUCCUGCACCGAGCACGGUACUCAAACGAAGCGGCCAUCGUCGUCCAUGCAGCACUUGAUGUAUCCAAGGAACUCAACGUCAAUCACUUCACACUGGGAAAUAUCUAUGCAGUGUUAGGAGAAUACAACAAGUCUGUGAUAUGUUUUGAGAAUACUCAACGUAUCCAGCCUGAUUUUGAAGCAGCGGCCAAGCGUAAAUUUGCUGUCCUUUGUCAUUCAAAACUUGAAAGUGCUUUGGAAGCUCAGCAUAAAUCGUUACAGAGAACACUGAAGGAUCUCAAGGACUACCAGAACAAACACGACAUUUGGCAAACACAGAAUGACAAGUUGUCCUCGGAGCAGGUCAUCGCGGAGGUCAAGAUUGCGCAGUCUGUGGCGUAUGAGCAGCAGAAGAUCAAAAGACACAAUGCUGAAAUAGGUGAGUAUUGUCGCAUGGUGGAUCGAGAAGGAAAACAAGUUCUACUUUGUACAUGGAGCCGAAGAUCACCGUCUCUGGAUUUUGAGUUCGGUUUCCUUGAUGAAGAUGCUGCCCAGCAGAAGGCAAAUGAGAUUCCGAAGUAUGAAGAGUACUCGAGAAAAAAACAUAAGAAGAAGAAUGAUUACUCCAAACCCGUGAGACCGCCCCUCUACACCAAGGACAGGAUUGUUGCUCCAAAGAUGAGCUCUGAACACAUGAUCGAGGCAUGGCCUUCCAAGGAGGAGUGUGAUAUGUACGUCCAGAAAGUGCCUGACCCCAGAAACCUGUCCACCAUCUAUCUGUCACCCGAAAACAAGGGAUUUGAGGUUAAAGCCUUGCUGAAUGAAGCACAGAAUCUGAAGCCGACUAGCGAACACCCUCUGCCAUGGUACCCACCUGUCUGUGUUCCUCUGAUGGAUCUGCCCGAGGGCUCUGUGGAUAUCGAUAAAAUCAAGACUGUUACUUUUGCUGAGCGCAGCAGAAUUCCUCUCAAAGUGAACGACCCGUCCAUGAGACCGAUUCUGCUGGAGCACGUGCCAGGUCCGAUGAUGACUGAAGAGGAGAUUGGACAGCGGAUUCUAACAGCUCUCAAAGAGCACAUUGAACCGAGCUGGAUCUUGUACAACCUUGCUGGUAUGUACUGGCGUAUCAUUGGUAACAAUUACCAUGCUAUUGAGUGCAUCCGUCGAGCCAUCCACCUUGUACCACCGAAAUACAAAGACGUCCCUCUAGUGAACAUUGCCAAUAUAUUCUACAAGUACGGCCGUUUUGAAGAUGCUGUCAUUGUUCUGCGGGAGGCAUUGUCUGUCAACCCAUGGGAGCCACAGACUCAUUUCUUCUUUGGCAAUGUGCUGUGGGCGUCUAAGAACUACACUGGCGCAGUGUGGCACUACCGUGAGUCGAUGGAUGGUGACCCAGCCAACGAGGACUGCCUAAACACACUGCGUGCGAUCCGCUGCCACCAGAAGUACCAUCAGACUGCCCAGAGCGUGGCCCCCACAGAGAUGCUGUCCCAGCCCGUCGGGGUCAACUGUCAGCAGAAAGUCAUCAACAACAAACAGCAGACGGAGAGUCGAGUUAUAUGCAAAACUGAAAAUGGUGAAGAGAAAUGUGUGAUUGAAACAAGGAGUCGUCAGAAAUCACCCGACUGCAAUGGUCACUGCACACAGACGUGUACCGUGACACCAGUCAAGAUGGACACUUGUUCCGGGGGUGCUAGUGAAGGAAACACAGAUAAGGUUCGAAUUCAGUGUAAACUGGUAAAAGACAAAAAGAUAAGAUGGAAAAAAGUUGACAAAAAUCCAUCGGUGGCCCAGUGCGUUCAGAAAGGUCCUACAACGCAGUGUGCUGGGGAUGGUGACGAUGUUCUCUAUAACAGCGACUUCACCGGUAAGCUGGAUGAGGUGAGCCAGUACUAUGAGAUGAAGGGACUUUGUCGCGGUGAUGAAUGCAGUCAACUCAGAGUUCAGUGUGUUAUUCCAAUGAAGACUCACUCAGGGUUGUUGGCCCAUGUUAUAACUCCACCAAAACUGUUUGUGCGGCCCGUCGCGCUGCACACAACACAGUGUAUGGGAGGAGGCCAGAAACCACACGUAAAGCUAGAAUUUGUUGAUGGAGUGCUCCACCAAAAGCUGAUAUUCGUCCAGUCCCCAGGCGACCUUCAUAUUGAAGACGACGAGUGUGUGAUAUUCAAUGAUGGCACCAAGUCUGAGGGCUGUAACCAGCCAGAGUACAGGGCAUAUGACUUUCAACAGGACCUUGAUUCCCUAAAACAAGAUGUUGAAGUGCUCGAGUUGCUUCUAAGCAAACAUUUCAAUGCAAAGUGCAAGAAGGUGUCUAAAGAAUCGACGGUAUCAGACCAGAAGCAGCCACUAGCAUCAGAAUCAUUUGACGUUAAUGUCAAUUGGGUUGAGAAAAGUGAAGAGAAACCCAGCAAGGAAAUAGAGUUGCCUGAUACGUCAAUCCAUGUUAAAGAGAGAUACAAACUGGACUGGGGAGCCGAGGAUUGUACAGAAAUUGAGAAUAUUGAAUUCCGCCAGUUCACUAGCACUUGGUUAUCAGUGUCAGCCAAAGGAAUAGACCUUAAUGAACAUGUGGAUUUUGAGACAACCAUCAAGCGAAAUCUCCAUGACCCUCUGUGUGACCCGGAGAAGGUGUCAACGUUGAUUGGACUGGACCACCUGCCGGGGGUCGCCUACCGAGAGGAGCUUGACUAUUCUCCUGAGCUCGGUCUGAAGGAGGUGUUACAGAAACUAAGUGGGGAAGAGGAGCCAGUUGAAGUUGUGGGAACAAGAAUUUAUAAUGCCUUACAAAAGAAUUCCACGUCGUGGGUGUUGACGAACCUUGCUGCACUGUACUGGCGGGUGGAGGGCGAUGCAGCUAAAGCCAUCGACUGCUUGAGACUUUCUCUAACAUACGCACCAAGACACUUGAAGGACACAUCACUGAUCAGCCUGGCGAACAUUCUGUACCGUGCCGGACACCUGGCCGAGGGCAUCAUAGUGAGCCACAUGGCCCUGGAGACGUCUAACAGCCUGCCUGUGUCUCACUUCACCAUCGCCAACAUCUACGCUGCUCAGAGUGACUGGCCCAAUGCUGUGAUGUUUUACGAGUCGACACUUGGACUUCAGACACUGUUCAAGCCAGCCAAGGACAGGCUUAAAGCUAUUUUAUGCCAAAAAUUGUUGGAAAAUCCGCCUUAAUCACUUACAGACAUUUUGUAUGUUUUACAUUACACUUCUCUUCAGUGAACUUUAUAUAUGUUACAUUCCAUCAGAAUUGUGAUGUACAUGUAUUUAUAUGCAUAAUAGUGUUAAUUUCGCUUUGCUAAUGACAUUGAGUGUUGAUGUGGGUUUUCUAUUGGCUAUUGUUAUGUCCUUAAUUCAGUUUUAAGUAUUGCUUCUUAACACAAUGUAGUUUGUUUUGUUAUUAUUUUACUUAUUCUGUCUGUUACAUCCGGUAUACUUAGUGCUUACUUAGAGGUAAAAUAAAAUUAAAAACGUUAUGUUUUACCAGGGUAAAUCUACUUUUAAUGGAAAUUUAUUUAUUUCUGUGUUCAUUUUCAUACCAUUGCAAAGUUUGAUGCAUGUUUUAGCUUCUUCUUUUGUUUUAAUAAUUAACAGCACAAAGCUUGUACUUAUUACCGAUAUUUUGUACAUUUUUAUAUUUUCAUAUGUUUAAGCUUUGAUCAGUAUUUUAUGUCUUUGAGUUUAAGGGGCAGCUUGAUUACCAAAAUAUAUUGAUUUACAUCAAGUACCUUUUUUUCUUCCUUGUGGAUAGUUUUGGGUAAUGAACUGCAAGAAGUAGUUUUCAAUAUCGAUGAUGUGUGUGUGAUCCAGUAUGUUAUUAAAUUUCUUAAUUUUUCUGUGUUGUCUAAUAAUUUAUUGGUGCAUGUAUUUGUAGCAUACCCUUUCAUUCUCACCACUUUGAAAACGACUGUACAGAAAUAAAUCCCACUUCAGACUAAUCUAGACAUUCUCAGAACUGUGUGACAGUGUUAGGCUAAGUGUUGAAAGAGUAUAAAUACACACAUGUACACAGCUCAGACAAAAAUCUUCUUACCAAUCUUUUUCAAAGAAAGAUGACGGAAUAGAAUUGUUCAGUACACAAUUUCUUUAAAACAAACAAAUUGACUAGUGGGUUACUUUUAACUCAUUCAAAUAAAAUUAUAUUUGAAUAUG